AUGCCCGAUAAACGUACUCGGCAAACUGAAGAUCUGGCUUCAUUAGAACCAGCAGUAAGAGUGAAGCAAUUAGCACAUUACGGAACCAUGGUUGAAGUAGACCCUAAUGUACCACCAAGGAGGUAUUAUAGAUCUGGCUUAGAGAUGGUAAGAAUGGCAAAUGUCUACUUGGCUGAGGGCAGUCUAGAAAAUGCUUACAUAUUAUAUAUGAAAUUCCUGACUUUAUUUCUGGAUAAAAUAAGGAAGCAUCCUGACUAUAAUUCAGUUCCAGCCGAUGUGAAGUCAGUUAACCAAGUUAAAUUAAAAGAAGUGAUGCCAAAGGCAGAAAAACUCAAACAGAAGCUUCUAGAACAAUUUACCAAAGAGCAUGAGCAGUAUCAGGAAAAUGAGAAAAAAAGGGUAAUUGCUGAGGAAGCAAGGAAAAAACAAGAGCAAGAAGAUGCAAAACUGGCUGUGUGUUUGCAGGCUGAUGAAAAUAGACAAGACGCCAAUGUAAAAACUCCGCACUUACUACACACGGAAGAAUGGGCGGUAAUACCAUCAGCUCCCCCUGUUGAUGGAGUAUUGUAUCCUGACGAUUUCGCUUCCGAACCAGUUCGACCUCCGGCACAUCACUAUCAACCUGUGCCGCCACUGAUACCGCCAUCUCGACCUCACCAUGAGGCUGCGGCGGCGGGCGGUGCGGGCGGCGCGGGCGGCGCGGGGGGCGCGGGCGGCGCGCUGCGCGGCGUGCUGGUGCCGGGCGCGCUGCUGGCGCGCUUCCAGGCGCUGGCCGCGCGCAACACGGCGCGCAACCUCGAGCUCUGCGGCAUACUCGCCGGCGUGCUGGAGCGGGAUCGGCUAAAGAUCACUCACGUGAUAGUUCCUAAGCAGACUGGCACCGCGGACUCGUGCAGCACCAAUAACGAAGAGGAAAUAUUCCAUUAUCAGGAUCAACACAAUCUUAUUACACUCGGAUGGAUUCACACUCAUCCAACACAAACUGCUUUCCUCUCAUCAGUAGACCUACACACGCAAUGCUCGUAUCAGCUGAUGAUGCCUGAAGCCAUUGCUAUAGUCUGUGCACCAAAAUAUAACGAAAUUGGUUAUUUUGCGUUGACACCAGAAUACGGAAUGCAAUUCAUCUCCAAUUGCAGACAGACUGGUUUUCAUCCACACCCCAACGACCCACCCUUGUUUUAUAAUGUCACACACAUACAGCUUGACAAGACCGCGCCGGUGGAAAUGAUAGAUCUACGGAGAUGA